UCUCGUUUGCUCCUUUUAGUCUCUUCUUUGUUUUAUCAAUCUUUAUACUCUUUCAAAUUUGAUUUCCCGAAAACUAGCGACAACUUACGCGCCGUAUGUCCAAGGACCUCUCACGAACAUCGCUUACGACCCCAACUCCGUUUUCGACACAGCCCUCCCCAAUCUUCCGGCAACGACAACCGGCUUCAGAGCCUUCCAAAGAUAUACAAAAAUCUCAAAACUAUCACUCUUCGUCCGUCGACGGAAGCUCGACCGAUAGAAGUGUCUUAGCAGAGGCUCAGAGUGGACGAGAGAGACUGAUUGUUGGCGAAACCAUCACCGACUCUCAAGUGCGAAUGCAGAGCCAUUUGAAGUCACCAUUUGCCAGCAGGGCCCAGUCAGGACAUCUGCCGACUCCUCAAAGUCCGAAUAGCCUGGGACAAUUUGCUCCAAGAACAUCCGAGUCACCGAUUGCACACUCGCAAUUCCACGCUGGAGCAAACUACAGCCGUCAACUUGUCGGCCCCGACAUCGACGCAAUGUCAGAUGAUGAUGGGGAUGUGGAUAUGGAUCUCAUUGCGACACCAGCCAGAACUAUUGCCCAGACAGUCACCCCCGAUACGAGCCCGAUGCCAGGUCAAAAAAGUGGACCGGAGUAUUCCGGGCAUAGAACAUCUUCGCCACCUAGGACACCCCCGAGAGCGUACACCCGCUAUCCAUCGCUGCAAACAGACUCCCCCGCCGUCAUGCAAGUCGACGAUGCUGAAGAUGACGGAUUCCUUCCCUCCCCCCACCACCGGUCCGAAUCCCACAGCAUCGCUUCCCCGACAUCCGCCAUAUCUCAUAUCACCUCCCGCCUGUCAUCGCCCUUCGAACCCAGACCUGCAUCUGUAGAUAUGGACAUGGACGAACCACGCACGCCCUCUCCUCCUCCACCGCCUCCCUCUUCUCUUCCAACGCAAACCGCCAGCUCAUCCUCGAUAGACGCCGCAGAUCACCCACCUCUUGCAGCAGGAGGAGAAAUUGAUCGUAUACGAGCGGCGCAACAGCAGUCUCUAGUAGAAGCAAUCAAGGACGCUGAAGCCCGACGCCCAGACUACCUCCGCCGUAACUCUCGAAAACGGAUUCCUCUCAUCCGUGAACCACCGACCACACCUUCGUCCGCCCGCCACACCUCAAGCGUUCCCCUCGGCAUGGGCAUCACGGAGACGCCCAUGCGGGGCCGUAGGCUGGAGCUGUGGGGAAUUCAGGAGACGAGUGAGGAGAGCUUCGAGGAGAGGUUAAUGGCUGGGGGGUAUGGCGGGUACGGGAGUACGAUUGGUCCUGGCGACGCUCAGAGACCCAAGACCCCGCCGAACGGUAAUAAGCUAGCUUCAAACGCUGGCGGUGGUGGAUACUCAGUGGCAUUGGAGUGGGCGAGCAUGAUCACGCCUGGACCGGCAGGGUCGUCUAAACCCGUUGAGGUUUCGCUCGCCGAGACAUCAGCAACUCCAGGCGGUAGUUUUACGAGUGCAAUCGGUGGUCCUCGUGGCGGCGUUAAACCCGAAAGGAAAGAGCCUCUGAUGGAUGAGAGGGAAAUGAGGAAGAGGAGGAGGCUGGAGGCGUUCAAGAAGGAUAUGGGCAGCGAGGACGGCGUGAACGAAAUCGACAGGAGGAGGAGCAGGUUGGUUCCGGUUGAAAUGGAGGGCAGAGGAAGAGUACUCAUGGAUGUCAGCCUGGAAGAGACUUCAGACAUCCUGGAGGGGAAUAUGCCUCAAGCUGAUGCUCAGUCGGCUGGAUCAAAGAAGAAGGCCGUCGGGAAGAACAGGAAGCGCAAGGGAGGACCUGCAGCUAUGGCCGCCACUUCUUCUGCUACGCCCGUCAAAGCUGGAGCGAAAGGGGCCGGCAAGGGAAAGGCGAAAGAGGAAUGGAAGACCCCUGUUGAGGAUCCUGCGGCUCAGAGAAACGGUGCUCCUAAUUGGCCAGACAGCGAGUUUCCGUGGAGUCUGAGACUAGCAGAGCGGAAGGAGAGAGAGGAGCGGGAAGAGCGGGAGAAGAUGAGAUUAAUCGAAAGAUUUCUCGAGACUCCGAGUGACGGCGAAGAGAGCGACGAAGAGGCUCCUUCCUCUGCUAAUGGUGUUAUCCCAUUCGACCCGGCUGAUGCUCGUGCUGCAUUCCUCUCGAAGAAGACCGUCCGGGCUCUAUUCUACGGGCGUCAGCUUGGAAUGGAGUUCGGGCUCAACGACAGCGAUGAUGACGAGGAUAGGAUCUGUUUCUGUCGUGGAAGGGAUGACGGCCGGGAGAUGGUCCAGUGCGACGACUGCAAGGUUUGGUACCACUUGGAGUGCAUCGGCGUACGGGACGUCCACGACCUUGGGGACGAGAAAGACCCUUGGUACUGCAGGCGCUGUGUCCUCCAUCGCUCGAGUGAUCUCUACGAUAGAUUACCAUCGUCGGAGCCGACCUUCGCACCAACGGACGAGGAACUCACACCGCACCGCCAGCACGCGACUGACUCCCUCCUGUUUCAUUCAUCGCCAUUACAGGAGUCUCCCGGUUUUGCGGAAUGGAGUCCCAGGAAGCUACCAGCCAUGCCUACUACGCCUACAAGGGGAAGUGAUAUCAGUGGAAGGAACGCGCUGGAGUUCCCUAGUAGGUCGAGUUGGACAACGAGCUCCGCUUCUAGGCACGGCCCCCCUGCGACGCCGAGAAACUCUGCUCAUCACGUUCAAAUCUAUACAACACCGACGCCAGGCCAAUUCCACCACGAUUUCUCUCCUCUAGACCCAACUUCCACUCCCUCUCGUGGCUUACGCUUCCCUCCUUCUUUCACGCCUAAAUCGUCGUCAAACUCGUGGACUGGCCCACCACGGACAACACUUUUCCAAACGCCUGCAGCCGCUCCAGCUUCAACGUUUAGCAAAUACGCUUCCUUCCCACGCAGAACCGGUAACCCCUCGAAUGUGUUUGCUCCGUACAAUCAACGCCUUUCUGCUUACCCGCAACAUGUCUAUCAUCGCGAGGAUGGUGGCCAUAGUGUUGUGCCGCUCAACUCGAGUCCUCUGAGAGGACAGCCCACCUGGUUCGAAGAUGACACUCCCGUGGAUCAUUCUGUUCCCAGACCAGGAAAUCUUCCGCGCCGCCUGCCCGUCAUGCCGGAGUCUCCACUCGCGGGCAGAGGUUGAGAUCGGCCUGCUGCUCUAGUUUUUGAGGGUAUGCGACCCGUAUUCACCCUUCCUGCUUCAUUUCUUGACAAUACAGCGCUCCUACGCGCUGUCUCUUCCCCUUGGGCUUAUUUUACACAUUACACUCCAUAUUCGUCAUCCCCUCCGUUUUAUCUGUCUGCCCAAUCUGUUAUGCUCGCUGUUAUGUGUCUGUGCUUUUGGAUGUGUACUCUACUUGCUCCCUUACGAUAUUCUCCUGUCUAUCCCACGCGAUACAUCAUCACCACCGCCUUUAUUCAUCGACAUCCAUCCAUCAUCCAUUCACAUGCUCAUCUUUCC